AUGCAGGCUUUCUCGAGACAGCUUCGCAGCUCGGGUGCAGCUACUCUGCGCCAGCUCUCCCGCCGCGCAUACAGCGCCAAUGCCUCUCCCUACGCCGCCACCAUUGAGAACCUGCGCAUCAACGGCGACACCAAGGUCCUCUUCCAGGGUUUUACAGGAAAGCAGGGAACUUUCCACGCCCAGCAAGCUAUCGAAUACGGUACCAAGGUUGUUGGUGGCACAAAUCCCAAGAAGGCCGGCCAGGAGCACCUUGGUCUCCCAGUCUUUGGCAAUGUUAGCGAGGCCGUGAAGGAGACUGGCGCCACUGCCACUGCCAUCUUUGUUCCUCCCCCAUUGGCCGCUGCCGGUAUCGAGGAGGCCAUCGCCGCCGAGAUCCCCCUAGUUGUUUGCAUCACGGAAGGUAUUCCGCAGCACGACAUGGUCCGCAUCACUUCCAUGCUGAAGUCCCAGUCGAAAACCCGUCUCGUCGGCCCCAACUGCCCCGGUAUCAUUGCCCCUGGCCAGUGCAAGAUCGGUAUCAUGCCUGGUUUCAUCCACAAGCGCGGCCGCAUCGGUAUCGUGUCGCGAUCCGGCACCCUGACCUACGAGGCUGUCAACCAGACCACCCAGGAGGGUCUUGGCCAGUCGCUGGUCGUUGGUAUUGGUGGUGACCCCUUCUCGGGUACCAACUUCAUUGACUGCCUCAACGUUUUCCUCAAGGACGAGGAGACUGACGGUAUCAUCAUGAUUGGUGAGAUUGGUGGAUCCGCUGAGGAGGAUGCUGCCGACUUCCUGCUGGCAAACAACACCAGUGGAGUCGACGGAAAGGGCAAGCCCGUUGUCAGCUUCAUCGCUGGUAUCUCUGCUCCCCCGGGACGUCGCAUGGGUCACGCCGGUGCCAUUGUCAGCGGCGGCAAGGGUGGUGCCGACAGCAAGAUCAAGGCUCUUGAGGCUGCUGGCGUCGUUGUGGAGAGGAGCCCGGCUGGCUUGGGCCGCGCCAUGCGCGAGCAAUUCGUCAAGCGCGACCUGUUGUAA